AUGCAUCAGAGAUUAACAACAGACCACGGCUUGGUUGUGGACAGGUCAGCAGCAAUUGAAAAAGGGUUAAAUUUUGUAUGUAAUAAAUAAUUCAUGAUUAUGCAUUAUGUGAAGUGUAUUACAUUCGAAUAUCCCACUUCUUGUCCAAGAGCUGGGUACCUAUUAUUAUUCUGACUAUAAUUAUCAAAUUAUUAACUUUUUUCGCAUAUUGAUAUUCAUAUAAACAAGGAAGGUUUAUUUCGCCAUUAUUUAUUAUCGUGUACUUAUUAUCAUGAUUCAAGGAUCAUGAUGAACAUUAUAACCGUUACUGUUCUUUUUAAGGGAAACUGUGCGUGUCGCCUUAACAUGUCUUGAUCCAGAGGGUGUUGCCAGGAGGAAGAAACAAAGGCUUAGCCGUCGAAAGUAUUUCUGCAAGGUAUAUUAUACCUUGAUCCGGUUUUUUGAAAACUAAUGUUUUGUGUCAGUUUAUGUGGAGUGAAGGAGACAUUAAACUAUCAACAUUGGUACUAAUUUUUCUUGUAGGGACCAAACUAUCUGUGGCACAUGGAUGGUUAUGAUAAGUUAAAGCCUUUUGGUUUCUGCAUACAUGGAUGUAUUGAUGGGUGAGAAAGAAAGAAUUACCGUAAAUGCUCGAAUCACAGGUAGACCACCCGAUGUUUGUGUGUGUUGCGUGACUGUGGUAUCAAUGGCGGUUACAAAAGAAAUAUGGGUCAACGUAAAUAAGUUGGCCGCGAUCGGCUCUAAAAUUUUAACCUUAUCCUACAUUGCAUCGAAAAGUUUAGAUGAAAUGUUAAACGAGUCUUGUGUGCUAUUUUUUGCCCCUCCGAGCUGUUUAAGGUGUCACUCCGAUAAGUGAGUAGAAAAAAAGUCAAUAAAUAAUCUCUCGAAAUGACACCUUAAUAAACGGCUUGGAGCGGGAAAAAAAUAACACACAAGACUCAUUUAACAUUUCAUCUAAACUUUUCGAUGCAAUGUAGGAUAAGGUUAAAAUUUUAGAGCCGAUCGCGACCAACUUAUUUAUGUUCACCCAUAUUUCUUUUUGUAACCGCCAUUGAAACAAAGUCACGCAAAACACACAAACAUUGGGUGGUCUGUCUGUGCUCGAAUUUGCGCCUAGAAUUUGAAAUAAGCCCCCUUCAAAUAAGCCCCCAAGCCCUCCGUAAAACGAGGUUCGGUACUCAGCAAGAUACAAGCCUGCUGCCUAACAGGCGCGGCGGGUGCUUUUUAGUUUCUUGUCUGGGCGACCAAGUUUCUGAGCAAGGAGCCCAAAUGGGCGAAUAAAAAUCUUUCUGAACACGGGUAAAUUUAAUAGAACAAAGCAGUGAAUUUUAAGCUCCAAUGACCAACGAAAUUCGUCGGAUAGUCGCCCUUGUUGCACCAGCUACUGUCCCAGUUUGGUAAAAUAAUGGCCAAUUCACGGAUCAAGCGAAACCCCUUCCAGACCCUGAAGAAAAACUGCCCGAUUCACGUUCACCUAGCCUGCGUCGUGUAAAACGUUUUUCGAGUAUUUAUAUGAUACAGUAACUAGAAAUAAAGAUGGUGUCAUCGGAUGAGGUAAAAACUGAUAAACGAAUAAGCACCCCUUCCAAUAAGCGCCCUAGUUCAAAUAAGCACUCCCCCCCCUCGGCGUCGAAAAUUAAAUAAGCGCCCAAUGCGCUAAUUCGAGCAUUUCCAGCAUUUCCACUUGCUAAAUACAUGUAAUUCCAAACAUUUAGGUACUCACGACGCAUAAUGUGGCUGGAAGUGACCUCCACCAAUAAUGAUCCUUCCAUUGUUGGCCAGUACUAUUUAGAUUGUGUUCGUCAGAUAGAAGGUUUGUAUAAUAACGCUUCAGCAUAGUUUAAAUUAAAUAAGCACUACUUCAAUAGGAACAGUAAAAGCUAUUUAGUGUUGUUAUUCAACGUAUUAGAGAGCCAUUUUUAAAUUUACUUAAGGUUCUCGUAAUUUCGUUAAUGUUUCAUUUUUGUCAUCGUAAAUACCAAUCUUUAUUAUUGUAUUAAAAUUGCACUGUUUUUCAGUUCUUAACUGCAAGAAGUGUUAAUAUAAUUUUGUUAUUAUUUACAAUUAUUAUUGUUAUUAUUAUAAUUAUUAUUGUUAUUAUUUUUGUUAUUAUUAUUAGUUACAAACGUUGAUUAAAUUUGGAUUACUUUUCUUUUUUUUUUUUCAACAAGGUGCUCCUCGAAUUGUCAGGGCUGACUGUGGUACAGAAAAUGUAGUUACAGCUGGCCUUCAAAGGUAUUUUCGCUCUAAUGCUGAUGACGUCUUUGCAGCAGAAAACAGCUUUAUGUAUGGCACAUCCCCUGCUAACCAGGUAAAUCGCUAAGAAAUUAAUGAGCUUAUAAGGAACACUUUUGCAAUGUAAAUGAAAACCACCAAAUGCAUAAUGCGAGUCCCUAGAUACAUUCAAAGCAAGAGAAAAUAGACACCUUGUAGCUACCCUCGACGUAUAUUCAGUUUUACUCGGUUGGUGUUUAAUUUUAUCUAGAGAAUUGAGGCUUGGUGGUCCGUUUUAAGAAAAAUCGAAUGCCGACUGGUGGAUAAAAUAUUUUAAGGUAAUUAAGAUAUGCGUACAACGUUAGCUUACCGGUGUAUAAUAAUUUAACAAUAAUAUAAUUAUAUUUAUAAUGCGCGAAUUUCAGGGCGAAUUUCAUUCAAUUAUUUUAAGAAAAGUUAUAAUUAAAAUUAAAAGUUAACUUACAAUAAUGAAAAACAACGGUAACAAAAAUGCAUGACGAGGUAAAGGUGAAUUUAAAAUACUGACUGUGUGCUUCUUAUUUCAAAUGGUAGCGCAUUCCCAAAAAGAAAAUGCACCUACUGUAGCUCUGGAUUAAAAACGCGGGCAUGCAAUUUAUUACAUGAAUUUUUAGCGGCACGUUUAUUAAGUUAUUUUGAAGAAUCGUUUUUUUUAGUGACACUUUUAUGUAGCGAGUUUUUUUCGUAAAUUAAGUGUCGCAAAGAUUUCAUGUAAUAAGGCAAGUAAAACUUUAUCACUGAAAUAUCCUAUCUUGGACCCUUAGAUUACAUUUGGAUCGGGGCGUAAGAGAAAUAAGAGACGAUUAGUAAGAAGGGGUAGCCAGUGCAACUCAUGAUCAUAUUAAAGAGGCGUUACAUGGCAAACAUUUUUGUUUUUUGUAGUCACGUUUUUAAAGAUCAUAAGACAUUGGUCUAUGCUCAUCUGUUUCUAAUAACCAUAAUCCUUUAAAUCUGAGUUUUAUAAAACAGAUCAAAUGGGAUGAAAUUAAAGCACUUUCAGACUUUUCAGCAGAGCUUGUGAAAAACAAUCAUUUAUUAAACCUGAAUCUGAGCGUUUAUAUUAAAACUUUUUAUUUAAUUUCAUUGUAAUGUUUUGUUUUGCGGCAGGAUCUAAGAGACACUGGAGUUUAUGAUGACAGUGAUCCCCUACAAAUGUAAAAGUGUUUUCUUUAUUUAACAUAUAUAUAUAUAUAUAUUUACCAGACUAGAAAAAGAGGAACAGGCAAUGCUGGGAAUAAGGCAGAUAGCCUUCUUCAUAUACUAAUUCUCAGCCUUAUUCAGCUGGUGUUGCUGGUUGGUUUAAUUUAGGGUACGCCUGAUUUAGCUUACUUGCUCCUUGAUUAAACAAAAUGGAAAAAAAAUCUUCUCUUGUAGGUGAUUCCUUUUGUUCGGGUCUGACCGGGCUAUACAAAUUAUGAUUUUCAUGAUGAUGAUGGUCAUUAUAUCAGUAACAGCUAUUUUAAUUAUGAUUGUUAUUGCUGUUUAAAUAUUUUACCAUAAUUAUCCAAAUAGCUGUACGUUUUUCUUGACAUAAUCAUCCAUAAUUUUGUAUUGUUAUAACAACCAAGAGUCGUCGACUAAUAAGUUCUUAUUUCUUAAAAGGCAGCUUUGUCUAUUUUGAACUUUAAAUUAUGUUUUUCUAAUUAUUGCGUUCCAGAGCAUGUCUGCAGUUUUGUUUUACUGGCUUGUUACAAGAGGAGUUGCACCGAGUUGCAAGACACUGGAACACACACAGGAUAAGACCAUAUCCUAACCAAGAGAGCCAUCCUGGAAAACCUGACGUUUUGUUCUUUAUCCCAGAACUUAAAGGCAAGUAACUCGUCUUUAAACUUAAAUAGUUUCACACUUAUAUGACCGCGUUACAUGUUUCUGUCGCACCUGAAUGAAAGCGGUUACCGAUUGCAUCUGAGAGCUGCGUGUUCUUAAAUUAUUAGAUGAUGAUGAUGAUGAUGAUGAUGACGAUGAUGAUGAUGAUGAUGUUUUUCAGGCACCACUGA